UUCAUUAGAUAAUAGUACUUGAAUGAAUGAAUGAAUGAAUGAGGCAUUUAUAUAGCACUUUCCUAUGUACAACUGUACACCCAAAGCGCUUUACAAUCAUCCACCACCAGUGUGCAGCAUCCACUUGGAUGAUGUGACGGCAGCCACAGUACAACGGCGCCAGUGUGCUCACCACACACCAGCUGUAGGUGUCUGAUCCACUAUGAGAAGAGAGAACUGUCCGACUUACCUGCACUUUUUUCACUCCUCCCCUCACUGCAGCCGCCUACUCUCGCCUACAUUUCAAGGCACAAGUCAAGUCUCAGACAAGCCUAUUAGUGCUCCUGGAGAUCUUAAUUAGCUGAUUCAGGUGGAUGGACGGGUGUGUUGCGUGUCAUUUACCUGAGGAAGAGAUGGCAGCAUGAUGCACUAUGGGAAGAAGGCUGGUGGAGGCAGUGUUAUGCUCUGGGCAAUGUUACGUUGACAUGUACCACUACCUAAAGAUUGUUGCAGACCACAUACACCCCUUCAUGGCAAUAGUGUUCCCUGAUGGCAGUGGCCUCUUUCAGCAGCAUAAUGCACCAUGACAUACUGCAAAAAAAAAAAAAAAAAAACCUUCAGGAAUGGUUUGAGGAACAAAGUGUUUAAGGUGUUUCCUUUGCCUCCAGAUUCCCCAGAUUUCAAUCCAAGACCUCCAUGACCCACUUUACAACUUGUAGGAGUUAAAGGACCUGCUGCUAAAGAGGGGGACCAACAUGAUAUUAGACAGGUUGUCUUAAUGUGGCUGAUUAGUGUAUAUACCUGGACAUGUUGAUUUUUCUGUGGUUCAUGAAAGCCAAUUUUACCUGUUUUUUUUUUUUUUUUAAAGGUGCAAAGCACAUUUUGUAGUUCAAAUACAUUUGUAUACUAACCUUAUAUCAGUUAAUGAUAUAUACGGUUAUGAACUGUAAAAUAUUCAAAAUGCAUGCUUACAGUCUUAAUUCUUAUCAUCUAAACCAUCUGUGGCUUCAGUGAAACCACAAGGAUUAACAAGAACAAUACUUUCUAAUCGUGUUGAUCAUACUACAAUAUUAAAAAAGUAAGUAACAGUCCACUCAGUGACUCCACCCACCUUUGAAGUAUAUUUAUACCAUGUUUAGCCAGUGAGAGCUCACUGAUCGUCUUCAUCAUGACCAUCAUCUUCUCUCUGCUCCUGUUGACCUCUCUGCUGCCACACCUGACCUUCACUGCUCAUGUGAAUGUGGGUAUAGUGAAUGGAAAAGAAGCCAAACCCCACUCCAGACCUUACAUGGUUUCUAUUCAGACAUAUGGGUACCAUAUCUGUGGUGGAUUCCUCAUUUCUGAUCAGUUUGUCCUGACUGCUGCACAUUGCUGGAACAAACUUAAUAUUCUGAUGGUUGUUGUUGGUGCUCAUGACUUAAGGAACAGCACAAGUUCAGAUCACAUCAGAGUGAAGUCCUACAUCCCUCAUCCAAACUAUGAAUCCAAUCCUAAUCGAAAUGAUGCUGACAUCAUGCUUUUAAAGCUAGAGAAAAAAGUCGAUCUAAACAACAAGGUUGGAGUGAUCCCAUUACCAAAGGAAGGAGAAGACAUCAAAGCAGCCUGUAGUGUUGCCGGCUGGGGAAGACUGACUGAUGGCUCAGUGAGCAAUGUUCUAAUGGAGGCAAAAGUGUCUAUAAUGAAUAACAACAAAUGCAGAAAUAGAUGGGGAGAAUUAUACUCAGUCUCACAGAUGAUCUGUGUAAAUGGCCAUGGUGGAUCCUGCCAAGGGGAUUCAGGAGGUCCUUUGGUUUGUGGAGACACUGCUGUUGGUAUCACAUCUUUCGGUGCCCAGCACUGUAAUUCACCUGAGCGUCCUAAUGUAUAUAUUAAGAUUUCAGCAUUUAUUCAAUGGAUCCGUACAGUAAUUGGAAAUGUAUAGUGACUUCAUGGAAACUAAAGAAGGAAGAAAUGUUGUUCUUGAAUUCUUCCAUAAACCUUCUUUCAAUAAAAGUAUCACAUGGCGAGCAUCAAUUAUAGUCAAAGUGUUCUCAUUGUCACAACCAUAUAUAAUUUAGACAACACCUUCACUUUCCAGUCAUCCCUGUAGACUCAUAUCUCUUUGAAUGGGAAAAACUGAAAUACCCAAAACUGUUGGUCGAAAAUUACAGUAAUUACAGUAAAAAAAAAAAAAAAAAAAAAAAAUUUCAAAACAGAAAUAUCAUCAUAAACUGUGGUGCUUAAAAAAAAAAAAAAUCUGGUAAAUCCUCCAGAAUUUGAGUUGUAAAAUAAAGAGCUUUGUAAAGAUCUAACCACAGAUAGUCAGUUUUACUAAACUCUCAACUGAUUUCUCACAUCUAACAGAAUUUACAAUAAACCAUGGAUUACAUCACACAUGGGGCAGAUUAAAUAUAAUAUAUGUAUAUUUUACACGUUUAUGCAUAUAUAUGCACACCACUCGGUUUCUCUGUGGAAUCAGAACCUCUUUAUUUGUCUGUCCAUUUAUAGAUAACCAGGCACAGAAAACAACCUUGGUUGACCAAAGUGCUGUACAAAGUUAUCUAUGUCCAUCACCAAAAAUUAAAAAUAGACAUGCACAAGAUGUUAAACGCACAAGAAAACAGAUAGGUUUUCAAAAGACUUUUGAACUCAGACACUGGGCGCUGUUUUGAUAGCUAAAGGCAAUUUGUUCCACGACAGUGUCAGCUACUACCAAGGCUCUGACUCCUGCAUCGCAGUCUAGAUCUGGGUACCUGUAAUAUAUGACUGGUCUGUGAUCUGAGUGAUCUGACUGGAUUAUGCUCAGUAAACAACUCUGACAGGUAUUGAGGAGCAAGAUUGUUUAAGGCUUUGUAGACAAACAAUACAUUUUUUAAUUCAGUACGAUAUUGAAUGUAAAACGAUGUAAAAGUGGCGUAAUGUGGUUCCUUUUUGACUGCCUGUUAGCAAGCAGGCAGCCACAUUUUGGACCAGUUGAAGUCUAUGAAUAGACAAGACAGGCAGUCCGUGAUAAUUGCAGUAAUCAAGCCGUGAUUAAAUAAAAGCAUAAAUUACUAUCUCAAAACUCUUCUUAGGAAGGGUUUAACCUUCGCUAAUCUUCAGAGGUGGUAAAAGCUGGAACUGACAACAGUAUUAAUUUGUUCAGUUUUAAGUCGCUGUCCAAAAUAAAGCCCAGAUCUUUAGAACAAUAUGGAGUGAGAGAACCCAAAUCAACAGUGCUCACAUCAGUUUUUUCAGUAGGCCCAAACAGGGCAAUUUGUGUUUUUUCUUCGUUCAGAUGCAAAAAAUUAUUGGAUAGCCAUGUUUUCAAAUCUUGAAGACAUUUCGACUAAAAUAUCUUAAUUUGUGUUCCGAAGAUUAACAAAGGUCUUACGGGUGUGGAACAGCAUGAGGGUAAGUAAAAAAUGACAGAAUUUUCAUUUUUGGGUGAACUAACCCUUUAAGAGCGCUUUCUACGAGCGAGGUUAUGAACGCUCACUGCAAUUCCAAGUGCGUUACCCAAAAAUGCACUUAACAUGAACGUGCAAGAACGCGUUACGUGCUACUUAAGAGUCGCUGUCCGUUUCUCAAGUGCUGAAAUAUUACCUUAUAGAAUCAUAUCCUUUAACGUUUAACCUAAUAAUCAUCACCUGAUGUGGAUUAGAAAAAAUAAUAAAUAAAGAUACCUUUCAAAAAGAUUAAAGGGGUGGUUCAGUGGUUUUUUUUUAGGCUUGAUUGUGUUUUGGGGGCACAGUUUAACACGUCUUAAUGCUUCGUUUUUUUUGAAAACGCUGUAUUUUUCAUAUAUUUUACCUUUAUUCUACAUCACUGUUUCCACUGUCAUAUAAACUGCUCGUUUGAUUUCCUGCUUCUAUGAAGCCACUCCCUCCAAAAUAGGCAAUGUGCUCAGAUUGGUUCGCAGGUUGGUAGCUGGCCCAGUGUAUUGUGAUUCGCUGAAGCGUCCGGAAACGCCCCUUACCAUUCGUUGUUACGCGCUUCAGUGGAAAUGUAAAUAACGGCGUCUAUGAUAUGCUGAUAUCAGAUAUGCUGUCACUGCCGUUUGUUAGCUUUCAAUGAAUAUACAGUUUUAUCCUGAUUAAAGCUUUACUGUAGCCAAAUACAUGACUGAGUAGUCGCACUAUGCUAAGACUGAACUAUGCUAAGCUAUGCUAAAAGUGGUACCGCCUGAUGCCGCUUAUUUAACGCCUGAAAACGGCAUUUUAAUAUUAAUACGGUGGUCAAAAGCACGCAAAUUCUGAUUGGUUUGGUUAUCCAUAUGAGAGAGACCGAGUGUGCGCGCGAGAAAAAAACGAGUGUGUCCACCCGAGAGAGAUCGAGUUGUCCAAGAGCGAGCGACACUGCGCGAGAGAGACCAAAUGUGCGUGCGAGAGAGAUCGAGUUGUCCAAGAGCGAGCGACACUGCGCGAAAGAGACCGAAUGUGCGCGCGGGAGAGAUCGAGUUGUCUGAGAGUGAGCGACACUGCGCGAAAGAGACCGAAUGUGCGUGCGAGAGAGAUCGAGUUGUCUGAGAGCGAGCGACACUGCGCGAGAGAGACCGAAUGUGCGCACGAGAGAGAUCGAGUUGUCUGAGAGCGAGCGACACUGCGCGACAGAGACCGAAUGUGCGUGCGAGAGAGAUCGAGUUGUCCAAGAGCGAGCGACACUGCGCGAGAGAGAGCGAAUGUGCGCACGAGAGAGAUCGAGUUGUCUGAGAGCGAGCGACACUGCGCGAAAGAGACCGAAUGUGCGUGCGAGAGAGAUCGAGUUGUCCAAGAGCGAGCGACACUGCGCGAGAGAGACCGAAUGUGCGCGCGAGAGAGAUCGAGUUGUCCAAGAGCGAGCGACACUGCGCAAGAGAGACCGAAUGUGCGCGCAAGAAAGAUCGAGUUGUCCGAGAGCGAGCGACACUGCGCGAGAGAGACCGUGUGUGAGCGCGAGAGAAACCGAGUGUGUCCGAGAGCGAGCGACACUGCGAGUGCGUGUCCGAGCAUUAGUGAAUUAGUACAUUAGUAAACACUGAUCAGAUUAUAUGCAGUCAUUAAAACAAUUCUAAUGUAGGAGUGGAAUUUGGGGACCAAUAUUACAGUUUCAAAACUGGGAUAAAAGUUUAAUAGAAAGAACACAACAGCCAUGUGCAGUGUUAAUGAUAACUAUUUUGUCCCAUUUCUCCCACUGCCAUCUCUGUUCUGUGUGUGUGUCUUGUUUGUUUCUCAUUAUUAUCUGUUAUUCUGUGUAUUUUGUUGUGAGCAUUAAUUUAAAAAAAAUAAAACCAACAGCAUCCGACAUCUGUGUGACUUUUCGCGUGAGUUUCUUGGCACAAUUACGCCAGGCUUCAAGUUACGUCAAGUGUGAACUUUCAACUCUCAUGCACACGCAGGUGACAGCUGGUCGGAAGCAUUAGUCCAGUUUAAAAAAUUUAAAUAUUUGGUAUUUGUCUUACAAUUACAAUUUUUCUUACAUUGAUUCAUCCAUUGGGUUCAUAUGGAUUACUGAAGUUAUUGCUGUAUGUGCUAUUUGAUGCUUCAAAUUUUAGGAACACAUGAACUUGCGUUAUAAAUCAUUCCCAGAGAUUAUUUAUUUUUCUAAAAACCUUUGUUUGUGUUCAUCUGAAGAAGGAAAGUCAUACACAUCUCGGAUGGCAUGAGGGUUAAAGAUGAGUAAAUGGUGAGGAUAUUUCUGGGUGUACUGUAUUUCUUUUAAUAGAUAUAGAAUUUAAAGAAAGAAAAAGAAGAAGAGGAACAAGAGGAGGAGGAAGCCAAGCAAGAGAAAUGAAUAAGAAGUGUUGUAACAUUAAAUCUGUUUUGAAAUAAGUUGUUUUUCAAAUAAAGGUUUCCAAGUAACUUGGAACUUGUACUUACCCUGUAACUACAUGGAACAAGAGGGUAACAAGCACCACUUUAAUUUACAGCCCGCAAUGUCAUACUUACAAUGUAACUACAUGAAACCAGAGUAUAUUUCCCCAGACUAAAAAAAAUUGCUAUAGUUUUAAUUGCCUUGAAACAACUUAAUCAGUGCACCUUGCAAUAAAAACAGAAUACUGUGUAAAUGAAUAUGUAGCCUACCCCUUAAUUAAAAAAAGCCUUUAUAUAUUUGUGCACUAUUAUUACAAACAGGUGCCCAGAGUAUGUUCUCGCUAAAUUGCUCCCAAAUGUAAGAUUGUUGUCUAUCAUAACAGUAUAUGUUAUGUAUAAGUAAUUUAUUUUCCUGGUUGUUACCCCUUUAUUCUCAAGACUUUACAUAUUGUUCCCUUAUACUUACACAUACUUACUUUAUAGAUACACUAUGUAAUUACCAGAAGUUACACUGUAAAUACAUUGUAAUUACGCAGUACUUUCCAGGCUGUAAUCUCAUGAUAACAAUCAAGAGCUCCACAAUCAAUGACAUGAUCAAAAAAUGCAGCAGCUAGAGUUCUUACUAGAACCAGGAAAAAUGACCAUAUUAGCCCGGUUCUGUCAACACUGCAUUGGCUCCCUAUUAAACAUAAUAUAUAUUUUAAAAUCUUCCUAAUUUCUUGCAAUGCAUUAAACAGUUUAUCUCCCCAGUACUUGAGCGAGCUCUUAUUGCAUUAUAGUCCUACACGUCUAUUGCGAUCUCAGUAUUCAGGCCAGUUAAUAAUACCUAGAAUAUCAAAAUCAACUGCAGGCAGUAGAUCCUUCUCCUAUUUAGCACCUAAACAGUCUUCCUAGCAAUGUGUGGGAAGCAGACAUACUCUGUCAGUUUAAAUCUAGACUAAAAACAUAUCUCUUUAACCUGGUAUACACAUAACACAUGAUCAAUUUCUAUUAUUCAAAUCAGUUAAAUGAUUGUUAGGCUGCAUAAACUAGGUCAGCCAGAACCGGGAACACUUCCUAUAACACUGAUGUACUUGUUACAUGAGAAGAAUGUCAUCUGCACUAAUAUUAGUCUCUCUGUUUAUCCCGAGGUUUACCAUAGUCAGCCGGAUCCAGGCCGUGUCCAGAUCAGAUGGAGGACCUGCACCCUAAAUAUGACCCCCAACACAUCCCUGAAGUGUCAGCAGAGAUUGUGUCAACUAUUGUGUCAGAGAUUGUGUCAACUAGACUAUUGUGUCAGAGAUUGUGGCAACUGAAGAGAUUGUGUCAACUGAAGGCCUCAUUGAUAUAACAGACAGUGGCACAGAUCCUCAACAAACCUGUCUCCAUACCAGCGUGAUGAAUCUGAUCUUCAACCAGAUGGGACUGUAUUAAAUAUUUUGAAUGUUCUGAUCUGACCUGUAACGCUGCCUGAAUCAUAAUCAUGCACUGUUCGUUUGUUGGUCAGAACUGGCCCUAUGACUGAGCCUGGAUUCUUCCAAGGUUUUUUUUCCCCAUUCUGUCACCUGAUGGAGUUUGGGUUCUUUGCCAUUGCACUGAUGAUUACUGUGUACAGAAUUUUCCAAAAUGUUUUUCAAUCCCGGUGGGGACUUGAGUCUGAAUGAACACACUGUAAAAAAUGAAUGUGUAUUUAACAGUGAAAUAUUGUAAAAACGCUACGGAAAAAAAUUGUAAAUAGGUUAACAGUAAGUUCCAGUACUAUAUACAGGGAAAAACUGUAAAAGCUCUUACCAGACAUUUUAUGUAAUUUUCACAGUAAAAUGCUGUAAAAUGCACAAUUUUUAGAAGUAAAAAAGAACAAAUCAAUGUAUAAUUUACAGUCAAAAACUGUAAACUGAUAUUCCCAGAAUUCCCUGUGUGACACUCCACAUUUGAAAGUAUUUUGUUUAAAAAAUCAUGUUUCUUAAUAGUUUUUGUUAUCAGUUAUGUACAUUAGGGUUUUAUGUUACAUCUUCUGUUGUUUAAUGAAUGUUUAUUGCAUUAUGUAAGUGUUGUGGGUUACCAUGAUGGUGUUUUGCGUUUG